AUGUUGGAAGGUCCAAAAUUUACUGGGAUGAUAGACCUGAAUGUCAACCAUGAUAACUAUGACUUCUCCCAAAACUUCUACCGCAAGCUCAAUGAGGGCUCAAACAUGUCAGUUGACAGUUACGGCAGCCUGCAGAUGAGCAAUGGUGGUGGCUCCGUGGCCAUGUCUGUGGACAACAGUAGCGUGGGGUCCAAUGGCUCAAACACCCGCAUCCUUGGCCACCAGGGUCUGAAGCGGGUGAGGGAUUAUUCAGUGGCCGCUAGCAACAAUAACCACGGACGGGCCUCCCAGCUGAGUGAUGAUGCCCUCGCACGGGCUUUGAUGGACCCACGGUUCCCCACCGAGGGCCUCGGAAACUACGAUGAAUGGACAAUUGACCUGCGGAAGCUCAACAUGGGUCCUGCUUUCGCUCAGGGUGCUUUCGGGAAACUAUAUAAAGGCACAUACAAUGGUGAGGAUGUCGCGAUCAAGCUUUUGGAGAAGCCCGAGAAUGAUAUCGAGCGGGCCCAGCUGAUGGAGCAGCAGUUUCAGCAGGAGGUGAUGAUGCUGGCUAAUCUGAGGCAUCCAAACAUCGUCCGGUUUAUUGGUGCAUGCCGUAAACCGAUGGUUUGGUGCAUCGUUACUGAGUAUGCUAAGGGAGGUUCUGUUCGCCAGUUCUUGACCAAAAGGCAGAACCGCUCUGUGCCGCUGAAGCUGGCAGUUAAGCAGGCCUUGGAUGUUGCCCGGGGUAUGGAGUACGUGCACGGUCUGAAUCUGAUUCACAGAGACCUGAAGUCGGACAAUCUUUUAAUAGCUGCAGACAAGUCGAUUAAGAUUGCGGAUUUUGGGGUAGCUCGUAUUGAGGUGCAGACUGAGGGUAUGACGCCAGAGACAGGCACAUACCGGUGGAUGGCCCCGUAA